CAGAGCCAGACUGAAUUACUCAGCUCCAAGCAUUAGAGCAUCCCAGCGAGCUGAGGGUGCGCUGGACCUGGGAUGGCUCCGGAUGCCAGCUGCCUCUUUCUGGUGAUGCUGCUUUCAGCUAGCUGCGAAGUUACCACCUCCGCAGAUCAGAUGUGCAUCGAGAAAGAAGCCAACACAAUAUAUAACUGUGGAAAUUUAGGUCUCGGUGAGCUUCCUAAUACUCUGCCAAACACCACGGAAAUGUUGGAAUUCAGCUUUAAUUUCUUGCCUACAAUUCAAGCUACCACCUUUGGCAGACUCAUAAACCUUAUCUUUUUGGAUUUAACCAGAUGCCAAAUUAACUGGAUCCAUGAAAACGCUAUGCAAAACCAUCCUCAGCUGAGCACACUUGUGUUAACUGGAAACCCCCUGAUAUUUGUGGCAGAAACAGCAUUGAAUGGUCCCAAUGCCCUGAAGCACCUGUUUUUAAUCCAGACGGGAAUAUCCAGCCUGGAGUUCAUUCCAGCAGACAAUCUGAAAAACUUGGAAAGUUUAUAUCUUGGAGGCAACUAUAUUUCCUCAAUUAAGUUCCCCAAAGACUUCCCAACAGGAAAUCUAAAAGUCUUGGAUUUUCAGAAUAAUGCCAUACACUACCUCUCUAGAGGAGACACAGACUCUCUGAGACCAGCUGCCAACCUGAGCCUUAACUUCAGCGGCAAUGACAUUAAAGGCAUCCAACCUGGGACUUUUGAGUCAAUGGUCUUGCAAAGUUUGAAUUUUGGAGGGACUAGUAACUUGUCCAUUAUAUUCAAUGGUCUGCAUAAUGCUACUAUUCACUCACUCUGGCUGGGUUCAUAUGAGGACACUGAAGACCAAGAUCUGAGUGUGAGCAUGUUUGAGGGGCUUUGCGAAAUGUCUGUCGAGAGCAUGAACCUGCAGAAUCAUUAUUUCUCUAGCCUCUCCUUGGCCACAUUUCACUGUUUCACGCACCUCCAGGAACUAGACCUGACAGGUACCUACUUGAAAGAAUUGCCACCUGGGAUUCCAGGUAUGAAUUCACUGAAGAAAUUAGUGCUCAAUGUAAAUAAGUUUGAGCAAUUGUGUCAAAUCAACGCUGCUAGUUUCCCCUCCCUUACACACCUCUACGUCAAAGGCAACAGAAAAAGACUUCAACUAGGUGAUGGCUGCUUAGAAAAAUUAGAAAAUCUGCAGAAGCUCGAUUUAAGCCAUAGUGACAUUGAGGCUUUGGAUUGCUGCAAUAUACAGCUCAAAACUCUACCCCACUUGAAAAGCCUGAACCUGAGCUACAACCAAGGCUUGGAUCUCCAGAAUGAAGCAUUCAGAGCAUGCCCUCAGCUAGAACUCCUAGACUUGACAUUCACUCGAUUAAAUAUCAUGGCUGCACAAAGUCCUUUCCAAAACCUUCAUCUCCUGCAGGCUCUGAAUCUGUCUCACUGCUCCCUUGAUACCAGUAAUCAGCAUCUUCUAGCAGGCCUGCCAAAUCUCCGGCAUCUGAAUUUACAGGGGAAUUCCUUUCAAGACGGAAAUAUCCCAAAGACCAACCCAUUGCAGAUGGUGGGCAGUUUGGAGAGUUUAGUUUUAUCCUCCUGUGAUCUCUCUUCCAUAGACCAGGAGGCCUUCCAUGGCCUUGGAAAUGUGACUCAUAUAGACUUAAGCCACAACAGCCUGACCUCCAGCAGCAUCAGUGCCCUCAGUCAGCUUAAGGGCACCUACCUCAAUCUGGCCACCAACAACAUUCACAUUAUCCUACCCCAUCUCCUCCCCAUCUUAUCCCAGCAGAAGAUCAUUAAUUUAAGUAACAAUCCCCUGGAUUGCACUUGCUCAAAUAUUCAUUUCUUAACCUGGUACAAAGAAAACAUGCAGAAAUUUGUGAAUUUUGAGGAAAUCAGUUGCGCAAGUCCGCCGUCGCUACAGGGAGUUCGGCUGUCUGAUGUUACACUGUCCUGUGGGCUUACAGCUAUGGGCAUCUUCUUUCUGACAGUAUUUUUGCUCUUCUUGGCUGUCCUUCUCAUCUAUAUAGUAAAAUUCUUUUUCAGGUGGAAAUAUCAACACAUUUAGUGUUGAAGGUUUCAGGGAGGACAAAUAAAUGUGUUUAGUGAAAAGCCCUAAGUGAAGAAUCUGUCAUUGGUCUGUGACCAGACUCUUCAGAUUAGUUUCUGGUGCUGGGCUAGGACUGGCUGUGCUUUACUAAGCUUCUUACUCAUGCAAACCUUCCAUGGCAGGAAAACUGACUCAGACCAAACCCCAGACGCUGUUGUGAGAGACACAGAACCAUUUCCUGGUUGUAGGAGAUAAGGGAGGGGUUUCCCACCUGGAGGCAUCUUCCCUCCCCUGUCUAUCUCUCCCAGGGCUUCUCACUCUGUCCCUGGAAGAAGAGUUCUAGGGCUCUCUCCGUGGCAGUGCUGAGGCCAGUCGGUCCUCUUCCCUACCUCCCCAUGGGCAGUUUCACAUUGUGCUUGAAUCUCAAUUCUCACAAAUCUAUCCAUUUGGGAAAAGCAGCG